GAGACUGAGACUAGAAGGAGGCGGAGGGAAAGGAAAGGAGUUUCUGAUGCCUCCUGACCGCGAAUUUAUUAAAGCUAUGAUGCUUAUGGAGAUAGAUGCCAUCUUUCCUGUCUUGUGAAGUGUGUGAUGAAGAAUAAUAUUUGGUUUCUUGAGUGCUCUGAACCUGUGGAAUCUACAAGGUCUCAGAGCACAAGACUAAGCCAAUAUAGUAAGCCCAGAAUACAAUGAACAGAUUGAACUUUCAUAAUAACAGAGUCAUGCAAGACCGCAGGAGUGUUUGUAUUUUUCUACCUAAUGAUAAAUCUCUGAAUAUCAUCAUAAAUGUUAAAGCACUUUGUCAUCAGUUACUUGUUCAGGUGUGUGAUUUAUUGAGGCUAAAAGAUUGCCAUCUGUUUGGACUCAGUGUCAUACAAAAUAAUGAACAUGUGUACAUGGAACUAUCACAGAAACUUUAUAAAUACUGUCCAAAAGAAUGGAAGAAAGAAGCCAGCAAGGGUAUUGACCAGUUUGGUCCUCCAAUGAUCAUUCAUUUUCGGGUGCAAUAUUAUGUGGAAAAUGGCAGGUUAAUCAGUGACAGAAUAGCAAGAUACUAUUAUUACUGGCACCUGAGAAAACAAGUUCUUCACUCUCAGUGUAUGCUUCAAGAGGAGGCCUACUUUUUGCUGGCUGCUUUUGCAUUGCAGGCUGAUCUUGGAAACUUCAAAAGGAAUAAGCACUGUGGAAAAUAUUUUGAGCCAGAAGCUUAUUUCCCAUCUUGGGUUAUUACAAAGAGAGGAAAAGAUUACAUCCUAAAACACAUUCCAAACAUGCACAAAGAUCAGUUUGCACUAACUGCCUCUGAAGCACAUCUUAAAUAUAUUAAAGAAGCCAUCCGCCUAGAUGACAUUGCUGUUCAUUACUACAGAUUGUAUAAGGAUAAAAGGGAAAUUGAAGCUUCAUUAACUCUUGGGUUGACAACACGAGGAAUACAAAUAUUUCAGAAUAUCAGUGAGGAGAAACAAUUACUUUAUGACUUCCCUUGGACAAAUGUUGGAAAACUGGUAUUUGUGGGUAAGAAAUUUGAGAUUUUACCAGAUGGAUUACCAUCAGCCAGGAAGCUAAUAUACUAUACUGGAUGUCCCAUGCGUUCCAGACACCUCUUGGACUUGCUCAGCAAUAGUCAUCGUCUCUACAUGAACCUGCAACCUGUUCUCCGUCACAUUAAGAAGUUAGAAGAGAAUGAAGAAAAGAAGCAGUAUAGAGAGUCAUACAUCAGUGACAACCUAGACCUUGACAUGGAUCACUUGGAAAAAAGAUCCCAGGCGAGCGGGAGCAGUACAGGCAGUAUGAAGCACAAGCGCUUCUCUCGACAUUCCACUACCAGCCAUAGCAGCUCCCAAACAUCAGGCAUUGAAACUGACACCAGAUUAAGGGACACAGUUCCAGAAGACAUCUUCUUAGGCAGUACUAUCUACCACAGACUAAAAACUUGCAGCUCCAUGACCAGCCAUGACAGCUCCCACACCUCUGGAGUGGAAAGUGGUGGGAAGGACAGGCUGGAGGAUGACUCACAAGAUGAUGAAAUAGAAAUGCUGGUUGAUGACCCCAGAGACCUAGAGCAAAUAAAUGAAGAGACUAUAGAGGUCAGCCCAGACAUGUGUGUCUACAUCACUGAGGACAUGCUAAUGUCACAGAAGCUUAAUGGAUAUUCAGGACUAAUUGUAAAGGAAAUCAGUUCUUCCACAUCUAGCUCUUCAGAAACAGUGAUCAAACUACAUGGCCAAAGCACUGAUUCUCUCCCACAGGCUACCUGUCGAAAACCAAAGACUUCCACUGAUCGUCAUAGCUUAAGUCUGGAUGACAUCAGACUUUACCAAAAAGACUUCUUGCAGAUAGCAGGUCUGUGUCAGGACACUGCUCAGAGUUACACUUUUGGAUGUGGUCAUGAAUUAGACGAAGAAGGCCUCUAUUGUAAUAGCUGCUUGGCUCAGCAGUGCAUUAAUAUCCAAGAUACUUUCCCAGUCAAAAGAACAAGCAAAUAUUUCUCUUUGGAUCUCACACAUGAUGAAAUACCAGAGUUUGUGGUUUAAAACAGCAUGAGUACAGUAGGAAUGCUGCUUCAGGAGAGAGAUUAUUCAAGUUGAUUCCUCUUAAGUUUCUUAUGCCAUAUUUCUCGUACUUUACUCUCUCACACAUUCUUCCCUUCCCUUCCCCCCCACCUUAACUCUUUCCC